AUGCCGUCGUCCCCAGCCUCGUCGGUCUGCGAUCAGCACCCGUGCGACCCUUUGCCGAUGCCGCUGCUUCAAAACGAGAGCCCGCUGGCCGAGGUCGAGGCCGAGGUCGAGGCCGAGGUCGAGGCCGAGGUCGAGGCCGCCUCUCAUCCGCAUCAGAAGCCACCUUCCCCGGAAUUGAAGCCUCAGGAUCAGGAGGAAAAUGACUCCAACCAAGGCUCGAGCGAAGCACUGGAGUCCCCAAGUCUCAUUCGACUGUCGAGUUGGACCCGCCGCGAUUUCCGGCAAGUCGAAGACGCUGAGACUGGCGUGCCGAUAUUUGCGGCAAGUGAAAAAAAUGCGCGCCUACGGGAAGAUGUCCUGGAACGCCUCGACGUGAUCCUCGGCCGCCGAGAGCAGCGGCAACCCCUCUUGAAACAAACUGGCCCAUACAGGCACCCCAUCUUUCUGCAAACCUUCAACAAUCCCGGUCGCUAUAUCUACCUCCUCAUGACAGGAUAUGACCAGAUCGACCUGCCGACCAUGAAGCAUAUGUCACCCCCCGACGGCGGCCCUUAUAACCCUCAUUUGCUUCGUCUUGACCGGAGCCUGUACGAUUUCAGCGCUGCGAGAGCCCGCGUGGUCCCGGCCGUCGUCACUCUCAUAGGCCGUCUGGAGAUGCUCGACCUGGAGGCGCCACCAGAGUAUGGAGAAGAUGAAACUGAUGGAAGACAGGAGUUCUUUACUACAUCCUACACGGUCGCCGUCAAUACCGAGGCCUCCAGCCCAGAGAGAGGCUCCGUCUGGAUCCUCUCCAACAAUUCUGAUCGCUGCGCUCUCUCCACAGAGCACAAGAAGUUGAUGUACUGGCUGAAGAAGCACGAUAAAUGGGAUCCUCCCGUGCGCGGAAAACUGAGGUGCAAGGAAUGGGAGGAGGACGGUGAGGUUGAUGGGCAUUGGGACGAGGAAAAGAUCAUGGGUCGCUUCACUUGUCCCAACGGCUUGUUUGGCGGGGAGCUGUGUGUGGGACCCAUCGGCCGGGAGCAUUCAGAUCAGCUUGACGACAACAUGAACGAAGACGUGUGCGGCAGUGCCAUUGGUACCUGGGAUCCGGUUUACCCGGACGAAACUCGCUGGCCACACCAGCCCGGUCCAUAUUACGACGCCGCCUGCAUCAUGACCUCCUACCUCCAGCUCGGUCAGGCCGACCUGGCUGAGGCGCGGGAUUUGAUACGCGAAAGCCGCUGCGUCAUCGAUCCGCGCGUAGAGAAGAGAAGACCGGAGAAAAAGAGUGCGCACGGGAGGGAACUCAACCAAGAAGCCCGUCUUGAACCGGGACUAGGUCGUGGCCGGUGUGCUAUACUACUUGCAGCCAAACGCAAUUCCGCAGGCAAUCCUGUGGCAAGAUUGGAGUCGGGAGACGGAGAGGUUGAGCGCGCUCAAUCAUACGGACAGUGGACGGGUCUGGCUGGAGCCUUGCCCCGUGAUGAUGUGUCUAGUGGAGGACGCCCACUAAGGACCCCCUUGUGGGAUGAAAACACCACCCUAGCCGAACACCUCGAGCGUAAGAUCACACAUUUGAACCGCCAAGUUGAAGCCGUAAAGCAGCUUUGCCCUUCGAUAGCGAUGGAGGCAGCAAGACAGCCCAGCAGCUUGCCACCAGAGUCGAUACGGGAGUCGGUCCUGACUAUCCUGCUGAACACUGGACAGCGGCAAAAGAGUAAGUACCUUCUUGCCUGGCCCCUGACUUCAUACCUACCGCGUGCUGACGAGGCCUGCACAGACGAAAUCGGCCCGCUCCUGGCUAGCCUGAGCCCAAAAGAGCGCCCUUGUCACGGGAUGGACGAGAACAGAAAGAAAAUAAAUUUCAAGAGAGAGUCAGGAUCCCCGCAGACCAUCGCGGUGUAUCAGUACACAAAUGGCAGGUAUAUCGUCGGCGGGUCAAGCGAGCAAUGGGCAUGCUUUUCCACGUUCAAAAAGCACCGCAGGGCUGUGAGAGAAGACAAUAUUGAAAAGGCCCUGGAGCGGCGUCCCUGGUGGUACUGGCGACGGGACCUCGCUAUCCUUUCCGCGGCCUUCAAAGCCGCCAACGGCGAGGUUGGUGGCUGGCAGCACGAGCUCAAAGCAAACAAAGGUUCUAAGAAGCAGGAGUUUCGACUCAAACAGCUUGAUCUCCUGACCCGAGACGAUGCUCCUGUGACCCGCGUUCGGUUGCCUGGCAAAAUGACCGCGUUCGACAUUACAGGCGAACUCAAGGCGCCAUGUCUGAGUUGCGAGACUCGGUUCGACGUGGGAGCCCUGCUCGAGGGCGCGGCAGCUCCCUUGCAUGUGAACGCCAACGAGGCCCUCGCGUGUGCAGAGGUGGUGUGUGUAGCAAAGCUCAUCAACCGCAAUUGA